AUGUUUACGUUUGUUAUAACGACGAUUGUAGGGUGGUUUCUGUGGUUUAUCCCUAACGCCGUUGUUCGGCAUACCCCUCAAAGCUGGCUUAUCAAUAUCUCGCACCGUCUGGAGCGUGGCCGGAGAAUCAAUAAUUCCAACUGGGGAGACCCGGUUGUUAGGAUUACGCAUAAUAUCGUCGUUAAGUAUGGGGCUGGUGUCUCUCCCGGCGAAGCGGCAACUCAAGAAUAUGCCUACCAACAUGUUGACCCCAAGAUUGUUCGAGUUCCGAAAGUAUACCGCUAUUUCCAGCACCGUGACCCCUUGGAUGCCAAGCUGAAAGGCUACCUCUUUAUGGAAUAUAUACCCGGUCAAAACCUGAAAACUUUGAAUAACAUCGGCCCAAACAGUGAAAUAACAAAGAAACUGACGAAAAUAAUCAUCCACCUGGGGCAGAUAACAGGCGGAAGUGUACCUGGCCCUGUUGGCGGCGGGAUACCCCGAGGGGCCCUGUGGGGGGAUAGCGGUGCAAAGAGGGAGUUCCAGUCCCUAGAAGAUGUGAACGACUGGAUUAACAAGCGGAUGGAAACCCUUGAGGAGACCAUUGACCUAACUCCUUAUCCGCUUGGCCUUUGCCAUAUGGACCUAUGCCGUCGCAACAUGAUACUGAUGAAAGAUAAGUCGCUAUGCCUACUCGACUGGGGCUAUGCUGGAUUCUUUCCACGGUUUUAUGAAAUGGCAGCCAUAAAAUGCGGCAAUGACCAUUAUAGCACCCCACUAUUUGAGGCCACUUCCAGAGCGAUAAUUUUGACGGAAGAAGAGCUCCGGUGCAUGGAUUUGGUUAUUAGAGCCCGGGAUGCCAGCUUCCAAUGGACGUUGUGA